UUUGUCCAUUGAGAAGAUCAGAAGGAAGGAUAGAAGUGAAAAGAAAUUGAAUAUGGAGGGUAAAUUUCACAAAUAGAGAAAAUGAGGUGGACUUCUACUCGAAAUGGGCUUCUUUCCGACCGAUCCUAUCCGCCAUCAAAUAGCCUCGUAAAUAUCAAUCAACCCAGAGAAGGUCUUCUUCACUUCUUACUUGUAGCUCUAAUAUAGGAGACACACAACAACAAACACCGACUACUCAUCAUGUUUGGUGGAGGCAAAGGCAUGAGCGGUGGAGGAGGCAGCAUGUUGAAGGUGGUUGGUAGGGCAGUUACUCGUGCUGGUGCCACCAAUCUCCAAGAAACAAUUUCUUCUUCUAAUGCUAAUGUUACUUCACCUGCUUCUAAUUCUAGGCCAACCCACAGGCUCAAUUCUUCCAAUAAUAAUUUUAGCUUAGCUUCUGCUUCUGGGUCUCCUUUCUCUACCGCUUGCAAUGUUCCAGUUUCGGCUAAUUCUGGGGUUGCCGACUCCUGUUACUGGCCUUCGUUUGCUCCGUCUUCUGGUUCUUCUUGUGAUGAGUAUGAGUGGGUUUCUGUGGAUGGGAGUGAAGAGGAGACUGCAAUUAGAGUUGCUGAUGAUUUUGUUCUGGGACCUGUUCCUUCCUCAGACGAAGUUCAUAGCGCUGUCUCCGCCCUUACCCAGGUAUUUGAUGUUGCAUCAUACCCACAGUUGAUUACAGAUAAAUUUGCUUAUAAUGUGGACAAGGAUGUAACCGAUCGGAAUCCAACUGGGAUGUUGUUCCGUGUUUCUCCAGCUGGGUCAGAUUUAGAUUGGGUGGAGCCCUCUCCUUAUCUGGGUAAUCCAAGAGUCUUACGCUCUUAUGGACCUGACAGAGUUUAUGAUGCUUUCCAUUUAUUGCAGACUGAGCCAUCUAUUCAGAGAAUGGUCAUCUCACUGUCUUCUGAUAAAGCUGUUUGGGAUGCUGUUUUGAACAAUGAUGUAGUUCGGGAGCUGCGUGAGGCCUACCAUGCAGAAGAAAUUGUUACUUCAUCAACAACAGAGAGAUCAGGUGAGACUGGUAAUGACUCCAAUCCUGCUUUGGAUGCUGUGAAGUGGAUAUUUGAAAACACAAAAGCAAAAUUCAUGGAAGCAAUUGAGAAAAUAACGAAGCUGAUGAAUGAAUUGUUCAAAGCACCUAAUGAUGAUAAGAAAACAACAGGAGCCACAGAUCAAUUUGAGGAAAAGCUGAGAACAGGUUUCCUGCUAUCUGUGGUGGUCCUGCUGGUUGUGGUUGUGAGUCGAGCCCAUAGGGCUUGACCGUAAUUUGCCGACAUAACAGGUGGUAUCCUUCCCCCUGGGCUUAUUCACUUGAGUAUUUCAACUCAAGCUGUAGUUGUGAAUUGUGAUAGCAAUAUGUUUGUCUUAUUGGCUAUGUAAUUAAUUUAAGUCCUUUUGUCUUGUCAAGAACGCUGCUCUGGAUAGUCGUGGUUUAUGUCAACUUGUUAUGUGCAAUGUUCAGGACUUCUGAAGGUUAACUUGUCUUUUGUCAAUUAAAAAAAGUUGCUUUCAGCUUA